GGAAUGCUCUCCCAGCCGAGGUGAACACAGUCCCCUCAACGAACAGCUUCAAGAAGAGACUUGAUAAACACAUACUCACAUACGGAUUAUCAUCUCUCUCAUCGACCAGCAGUGCUUGAUGUAUGUCUUGAGACUCGCUAGUUAUUAUUGCCAUCUCCUCCGAUCACUGACUGAAUUUACCAUGCAAUUUAUCUCUGUUUCCUCUCCCUUGCUUACACUUCGGCCUUGUGACACAAUCUUCACUAUCGAUUCAUAAACUAAAUUAUCUAUUUAUUUACUUAGUUCUGAAAUCUUCUUUUUAUUAGCAUUAGACUUUUCUCCUUAUUAUUCUCCACAUUGCAACUAACUGACCUCCGGCCUGAUAAAGUGAUAGCUGUCGGUAUCCAGAAACCCUACUUUCCUAAAACAAACGUUCUCAUCUGAAUCACGGGACAUACAAACUCACAAGCAACUGCCAACUGACUAGAAUUAGUGCAGUCGAGUGGCUAGACCACCAUCCAUUGGACACUACCAAACACCUGAAACCUUACCGAAAGAACAAGAGUCGAGCGCAAAGAAAUCAAUUGGUUUAUACUAGCUCGUGAAGAAGACAUCGGUAAUUGGACAUAUUUAUCUUAAGUAUAACCGAAGUUGAGAUCUAAACAUGCUCGUAUGUUAGAUAUUGGGCAUUGCGAUUGGCGUCAAGUUCCGAGAUAACGUUACAAACCUUACGUAGUUCGUAUUCGCCUGUAUGUUGCAUAAUAUGAUUGAUAGGCUUCUUUAUAGACUUUAUAGAGUGUGCAGUCUAUUUAUUUGUUUAUUACUGUCAUACUUGAUUGUUUAUUUCCUUAAUUACCUAUAAAAGGAGUACUAGCGAGUGGAACUUUGGAAAUACUUGUUCAUCUACUUUGGUUAUAGUGCAAUUAACCACCACUUUCAGUUGCCACAUGAAUCGUCCAUUGUGUUGACGUUUCCCAGGAAAUUACCGAAAUAGAUCAAUUUGGAAUUCACGGAAAAUCUCACUCAAAAUACCGAACUUUAUCAGAAUAUCAUUCACAACCAUUAUAAGCUUUCUACAUAGAACAUAAUAAAGAGUCUCGUUUAAACGAACGUUGGUAAACUUGCUUCUGCAAAAAAUGACGUCGUGUGUUUCAUUUAAUGAAAGUAGUGUCUUCAGCUUUUUGUCGAAAAAAUGGGCUUUAGAUUUCAAUUCCAAAUUACGUACUACUACUCCGAACCAAGCGAAUACUCCUGAACUGAAGCAUCCUCCAGGAUAUGUUGAUCGUUCAUUCCCAACUACUGCCGUUCGUGACUCCGACCCACAUCUAAUGCGUCAGCGAAGUUGGAACAUUGCAUUGGGACCAUUCCGACAAGUUCCAAUGAAUCUGUUCAUCAUGUGGAUUUCAGGCAGUUCAAUAUCGAUAUUUCCUUUGAUGUCUGUGAUUAUGUUGUUUUUACGCCCAUUACAAGCUCUUUUAGCUGCACAAGCUAGUAAGGUUUCUUUUCUUCAUCGUUUGUUCAUGAUAUUUUUAGUACAAUCUUAGUACUUAUUUGAUGAUUAUUAGAGACAAGACUAGUGAUAUUGUUUGCAUUAUAAAAUUUCGAACCAUAACGAUACAUAUCCGUCACUGCUUGAAGAUAAUAACACAAAAUUAAUUGUGAUGACAUCUAAUCUUCACCUGAUCACAGUAACGAAAAUACAGAAGUGAUAGUCAUUCGACUUCAUAUUUCAUUCUUUAGAUUCUUGUAGGCCCCUCUCCCUGAAAAUAUCACCGUAGACCAUAGCAAGCGGAAAAGUUGCAUUGGGAUAUGUAAUCAAACUAUAAUCUGAGCAUAUUUAUGCGAAAGAAAUUUUUCAAAC